CCCGGCGCGCCACGUGUGCGUAGAAGCGCACCGGAAGCGCCCUGCUGGAGGCGCGGUAGCGGGGCUGGGCGGCGGCAGCGACCGUCAUGGAGCGGGAAGAGGAGCCUCUGUCCGCGCGGCCGGCCCUGGAGACGGAGGGGCUGCGCUUCCUACACGUCACCGUGGGCUCCCUGCUGGCCACCUAUGGCUGGUACAUCGUCUUCAGCUGCAUCCUUCUCUACGUGGGCUUCCAGAAGCUUUCCACCCGGCUAAGAGCCUUGAGGCAAAGGCAGCUGGACAGAGCAGCGGCUGCUGUGGAACCUGAUGUUGUUGUUAAACGACAAGAAGCUUUAGCAGCUGCUCGAUUGAAAAUGCAAGAAGAACUAAAUGCCCAAGUUGAAAAGCAUAAAGAGAAACUAAAACAGCUUGAAGAAGAAAAAAGGAGACAGAAGAUUGAAAUGUGGGACAGCAUGCAAGAAGGAAAAAGUUACAAAGGAAAUGCAAAGAAGCCUCAGGAGGAAGACAGUCCUGGGCCUUCCACUCCAUCUGUCAUCCCGAAACGGAAAUCGGACAGAAAGCCUUUGCGGGGAGGUGGUUAUAACCCUUUGUCUGGUGAAGGAGGUGGAACCUGCUCCUGGAGACCUGGACGCAGAGGCCCGUCAUCUGGCGGAUGAGGCUAAGAAUCUUGUUAGUGUAGCUUUUGACAUUAGCAAGAUGAAUCCUUAACCCUCGAUUCAAUUGCCUUACGCACGCUUUUCACAGUGACUAGCCAGGGGGAGGUGGGGUUUGUUUCUGUUCAUAACUACACCUGCAUAUGUAAGGGCUCCAGGCAGCAAAGGGUAUAGAUGUUGCCAGUAGGCAUUAGGUCACUGGUCAUGUUCCAUUUGGAGGCAGUGAUUGCAUUCAUUGAUUUCAUGGUUAAUUGCUAGUUGGUAGGUAGAGGCCUCUAGAUGAUUAGCAAUCUUGAUAAAAGAGUAAUGAUAUUUUGAAGUUAGAAAUCUUGCUGCCAGGACAGUCUCUGUGACAGGUUGCGUUGAAUGAUGUCUUCCUUAGCAAUGGUGAGCCCACCAGUGAGGAUUACUGAUGCAGACAGUUGAUGGGGUUUGUUUCUGUAUAUUUAUUUUUAUGUACAGAACUUUGUAAAAACGAAACUGUAAAUUUAAUUUAAAAAAUGAGAAUAACAUUUUUAGCAUCUUUCAAGGAAAUUUAUGGACUUGAAUUUGUCUAUCCAACAUUAAAUAGCUUUUUAUUUCUCACAACCUCCAA